AUGGCUUUAACGCCAGCAGAAAAACAGCGGUGUUAUCGAGAAAAACGAAAAAUAUACCCAGAGAAGGAAGCUAAAGCGAAGCGCAAGGAUCUAGAGAGAUACCAUGCUCGAAAGAGGCUGGUGACAGACAUAAGUGCAGGAGAAUCCAGGAACAAGUUUUGGCGUCAGGACAGAGAACAUCACAGCCGGAAAGAUUCUAAGGUUCAUACCAUGACAGACUUAUUUCACAGGGCGCUCGUGUCAUCCGACCCUGUGAUAUCGGCUAUACGGCUAAAACAUCGCUUGGUGCUGACUAACACUAGGAAGAAGUUAUCUGACGAAGGGAAGAAAGCAAAAAGAAGAGAACAGGGGAAACUGGCCAUGCGUAAGUUAAGAGAAAAGAUUAAAAAGAAUCCUGAAGCUCUAGAAGAGCAACGUCAAAAGUACCGAGAAUAUUACCACCGCAAAAAAGAAAAGGGGUUUAUUAGAACCAUCAAAGACAUAAGUACUAGUGAACAAAGAAGGUUGCGUCAGAAAUGGAGAGAGGCUUCCCAAAAACAUCGCUUGGUGCUGGCUAACACUAGUAAGAAGUUAUCUGAGGAAGGGAAGAAAGCAAAAAGAAGAGAACAGAAGAAACAGUUCAUGCGUAGGUUAAGAGAAAAAAUAAAAAAGAAUCCUGAGGCUCUAGAAGUGCAACGUCAAAAGGACCGAGAAUAUUACCAACGCAAAAAAGAAAAAGGGUUUAUUAAAACCAUCAAAGACAUAAGUACUAAAGUAUUAUUAAAAGGCGUCCCAGAAGACGCUCAAUUCUUUGCUGUCAUUAGUAAGGAUGAAGACAUCACUCAUGAUAGCGCAGACGAAGAAGAAGCUCUUUUCGUUGAAUCCAAACGAGGAACCACGAUAUUGCAAUAUAAAGGACAAAGAUACAGGAGAGCAUACUCCACCAAGCAUGGUAACAGAUGGCUAUGUUCCGUCAAUAAGGGUUGCGGUGCAUUCGUGUGCCUGAACUCGGAUGAUGAAAUCAUUAUGACUAACGAAACGCACUCCCAUCCGAAACCAGCGAGACUUGAGCGAGUUGAUGACAAACAAGAUGAUGUGGCGGUAGUCAUCACGUCGCGAAAAGGUAAAGAGUUGCUGCUCUUCCGUCAAUUCACCUAUAGGAAGCAGUAUUUCAAGCACAACAAGGCCAGAUGGGUUUGCUCCAACGACAAGAAUUGUCGGGGUGUUAUAUUCACUGACAGCGAUAACGUUGUCACGUCGGCCUUUGAAGAGCACUGUCACCCUCCGCCCAAGUAUUACCUUAAGGCUGACAAUGUUAUUGGUGCACUCAGAGAACCACUUGUGUUUGAGUCCGAUUAGAAAAGGACGAUCCUUUUGUGAUGGUGAUGGUUUUCUAAAAACGUUAAUCCAUUUGGCUAUUCGUGAUUGUUAUUUGUAAACUUGACGUCAGCUGUUCUUGUCGUUCUUAAGGCUGAAAACAGUGGUCAACGCUGACCGUCGGUCGGAGCACUGUUUUAUUCCAUAGAUAUUGCUAAUAUGUAUGAAAUUCUAUGAAUGCGCACACAGCUACGCUGCGCUGAUGGUACGCGCGUACGUCAGUCGACCGACGAGCUAUGAGAUUGUAUGGAUGCGUUCAGUGCUUCACUGACGGAGCGACCGACUAUACACACGUACGUACACUCAAAGCAAAAAUGAAUAUUGAUACAGAGCAGAUAUUACUGAAAUGCGGGUUCGUCCGUCGUCGUUUCAAUAGGUUGGAAAAUUCGAAACAUAUUGGAAUGUUUUAAAGUAUCAUGUAACCUUGCGUUUAGUUCAUCGAAACUUCUGAUUGACAUCUUGUAAAAGUCAAAAAACUUUUCCUCGUCUUCUUGCAAUCUCGAAAAUAGUUUGCAGAAUUCGCCUUCAAGUAACCGUUCUACAAGUAUCGGGUGUACAUGAUAUCUUCGGCGCCUUCUAUUCCAUCGUUUGCGCAAAAAAUAGCGUGCACAUAUUAGAGCAUUUACAGCAAAAGAGUUCAUUUUUCUCAUGAACUAUACACAAGCGUCGCCAUUCGCCGUCAGCGUAGCACUGAAUGCAUUGUCGCACGCAACCGACGGUCAGCGCAGCCGUUUAGGACGUACCGUCGGCGUCGGUCGAACACUGUUUCCAGUCAAAAGCAUGAUAAGUAUAUAGACUGUUGUUGACAACAGUCUGUUUACAAAUAGCAAAUACGAUUAGCCAAAUGAAGUACUGACAUUACAAAUACUUUAUUGUAAAGUAUUAAGGUGAUCGCAAAUAUAUAGAUGUAUGAUAAUGGAAGUGUGCAAGGUUUCAUAUGAUUGCAUACAACCAUGGACGUAGGUAUAAUAAAAAGCAUACAAAUUCUAAAUGCAGCGCGUACGAUGCUGAAAUAUGUGCGAUCACCUUUAUUCCAUGAUUAGGGCUGCAUGCAACCAUGGACGUAGGUAUAAAAAGCAUACAAAUUCUAAAUGCAGCGCGUACGAUGCUGAAAUAUGUGCGAUCACCUUUAUUCCAUGAUCAGGGC